AUGGUGAACGGGACUGCGGCGGUGCUAGAGCCCACGUUCACAGGCUAUGUGGCUACGACACAGGAUGCGCUGAUUCUAUUCGAGGCCUGUCUGACCGGCGUGUUGCAUCAUGUUCCUCGUCGACCACACGACCGCGAGCGGAGUCAUCUGGUGCGCAGUGGGAGCGUCUUUAUCUACGAGGAGAACUCAUCGGGGAUCAAACGAUGGACCGACGGAGUGACUUGGAGCCCCAGUCGCAUCUUGGGCAAUUUCUUGGUCUAUCGGGAGUUGGACAAACCAUUCCCGCCCGGUGAGAAGAAGCGCGCCAUGAAGAAGGCCAAUCGACGGCCGGUGCCGCCCACUCGACCUGGAGAGCCAUAUCCGCGACAUGACAGCAACGGUCAGAGUUAUUCUCCGACAUCGCCUCCAGCGGCCUUUGGGGAACGAACACAUCAGUCAGAGGUGGAACGGGCUUUGGUGGGGUCGCUGGUCGAUUCGUACGGCUUCAAGGACUCGGGGUUAGUCAAAAAGACGAUGAGCGUGACCGUGAUGGGGAUCACCCACCACCUGGUCUCCUAUUAUAGCGUGGACGAUGUGAUGCGCGGGGCACUGAACCCUCCUUCCAUGGUCGAGUCGCUGCGCUACAUUCGACCGCGCAUCGACCUGACUCAGAAACAGAGCUUCCGCGCCCCCAUCGACGACUUGGAGUCAAAUGCGUUGGAGAGUGCUCCUCAUGAUCCGUCCCACGCAGCUCUCUACGGAUACCGCCCCCAGAUGAUGGCACCCCCUGCCUAUGGAAUGCCGAAUCCAUCGGCUGAUUUCUACAUGCACGCCAACCACUAUGCUGCCACUCACGCUCCGCAACCAGGCCCCAUUACAGGAUACUCCAUGGGCGGCAACAUGCCCGGCCAACCGGCCCCGAACCCAUAUCUUCCAUCGCCCGCCGUGGCAGCCACGAUGGCCCCGAAGCAAGACGACUACCAUGCCUUCCGUGCUGGUCCAUAUGGAGGAAGCAUGGAUUCCAUGAGUGCGCACAGUGCUCUGUCCUCAUCCAUCCCCGGGGGAAUGAACAGUAUGCCCGGAUCUCUCAGCGAGCGCAACCGUUCAACCUCGGACCACAGCCCUUCUGCAUACCGCAACUCCUCCAUCUCUUCUCGUAGUGUCGCCACCGAUGCUACAUCUCCUAUGGACCCCUCGACCCCGGGCACGUACUCACGCGGCAGCUUCGGCUUACCUAGCCAUAUGGAAAACACUCAUCUCGAUUCUCGCGGCAUCGGUCCACUCGACCCGAAUGUACCACGCCGCGAAUCCAACCCCGUUCACCCCUCCUAUUACGCCCCUCCCGAUCGCUCGCAAUACUACGUUGGUGCGGCAGCCCCUGUCAACCACGCCCACUAUGCGGCCUGGACAACCACCGCUCCGGCCCAGCCCCAGAUCUAA